AUGAUUCGAAAAUUGAUGUUACGCAGUUAUACUUUUGGUAAGUCUGAAUAGUUUUUGGGUUCAAUGUUUCCUAGAAAUUUGAAUUUGAAACAGAAUCUAGUUAAUUUCCGGCGGAAGUCCUUUGGGGAAAGAUCAAAAAAAUAUUUAAUGUGAAAAUUUGGUGUUUGAGACGUGGAAUUUAGGGUCAAAUUUGAUUAUAAUUUUCAAAUUUGAUAAAAAAUGUAAAGCAAAUACAUUUGCAAAACUUACGAGCCUUUGAAUUAGACUCUUUCUUUCAACUCUCAAAAAAAUCCACGUGGCAAAGCCUCAAAAAUAUUAUGAAAAAUCCACAUGGCAAAAUAAAGUUUGAACACUAGAUUUUUAACAUAAUUUUUAGUGCCAAAAAUGAGCACAUGGCAGAACCAGGAGGCCGUCAAUUUCAACUCUUCUCGUUAAAAAUCAAUCCGUUUUCAAUCAACCCUUGAUUAUCUAGUUAGGCUAACUGGCAAAUAUCUUCCUAUUCUUCCCCAAUCAAAAAAGUAUCACUUUUUUUCAACAAUGGGCAUUCUUUUCUAACUAACUAUAGCUCCUAGGCAACCAUCACUAUGGUCCACUUUUUGUCGUUUUCUUUUUUUUUUGUCUCACUACGCACUUCUUCGAAUUCUUUUCCCAUUCUACCCUUUUUUAUUGCUCGAAGAGCAAUAUAGCUGUGAAAUGAAAAACAUAUUUGGGUGAGUUUAUGAAUUAUUUCUUAUUUAAUAGUUUUGACUGGUCAUAGAUUAGGAUGUAUAAUAAAUAUAUCAGUAAGGGGAAAAUGUGUGAGGCGACCGGAUAUUUGCGAUGAAAACACUUACAUAUUUAAUGAAAAUGUCUCGUGGUUAACAAAAAUAUUUAUUUCUGAUCAUUAAUUUUUCGUGUCUAGUUUAAGAUGCUGGUGGCUCAUCGGAUUUUAAAUCUCCACAGAAAUUCAAGUCGAAAAUGUAGGUUAAGCCCUAAACUUUUUUAAAGGUUAGAACUAUCGCACUCGAGAUAUGUGCUUUGUUAAAGAAAAUUUGAAAACAUCAGAAAUCUCGAAUUUCGGUCCUCAUUUUUGAAGAAAAACAAAUAAAUAGCUGAAACUCACUUCACUCGAAAUCCAACCAUUUUGACGAAUUAAUAAAAUUUGAAAUGAUUUAAUAGUGUUGGAUUUUUCACGUAACCGUGCGGAAAAUUAAUUAAAUAAUCCAUUUUUACAUUCAAGUCUAGCAAACUCAAUUUAAAAAAAUGGAUACUGUAAUCCGGAUUUUCAGAAAAAAUUGAACUCAGAUUGUAGCUUUUCCAUUCAUUUAUAUUCACAAAUGUUUUCGACGUCAUAAUUCAUUUUUCGGAAAAGCACUAAUUUCCAGUGUUUUUUCAGAAGUAAAAAAUCGGAAUGCCGUUUCAAAAUGAAUAUAAAACAUGGGAAGACAAUAAUAAAAAUUGAAAAUCUCAAAAUCAAGUACCUCAGAAAAUCCUGAUUUAUUCUAGAUGCUAAUUCUACACCAAAUCAAACCACGACACCAACUACAACUCCACCAUUAUCCCAACAAUCAUCAAUGGAACAACAACAAGUCGAGAAUUCGACUUCUUCAAGCCAAACUCGUUCAUACAAUCGUCAACCACCAUGGAUUCGUUCAAGUUCUCAACCCGCUCCAUGGCGACAACACAAUGGAGAAUGUGAGUUGUUUUUAAUCUUGUCAAUUGUUUAAUCCCUAGUGCCGCCUACGUCAAACAAAAAAUCUAUUCUUUUCGCCUUUUUUUCAGUCAGAGAGAUCAGCGACGGAAAUUGGACAUAUUGUUACGACUCGGAAAGCAGUGGCGGGUAAUUUAUUAAUAUUUUUGCUAUAUUUAUGAAUACUAAUUUCAAAUGUAUAUUUGUCCAUUUAACAGACUUCCGAUCAAAGGAUUUGGUAAUGUUCCAAUUGUUUCAUACGAAGAUAUUGCGAAAAUGUCGGAUAGACGAUUAAAAGUUUCAUCGAUCACAUGGAAUAUGAAUGAAAAAUCGGUGAAAGUUCUUAAUUAUUUGGCACAAAAAAUCACGGAAAAUUAUGAGAAUAUGGAUAGUGAUGUGAUUUUCAUCUGCCUUCAGGAAAUUCCAUCAACAGCGAAGUGAGUUAAGAAAUCUAUUCAAAACCUAUAAAAUUGUGAUUUAAGAACAUUCCACGAAGAAGCACUGAAAAUCCUUGAACCCGUUUUGAAAACGCAUAGCCUUUAUCUUUCUCAUCGAGCUUGGUCUCAAAUGGUUAUCGUUUUUAUUCGAAAACAACAUUUGAAAUAUGCAAUACGUAAGUUUACACGAAAAUUGGGUUAUUCUUAUUUUUGAGUCUCAAGGGAAUUCAGGGAAUAAAAUUCGGUUUUCUGAACUUUCGAUCAAAACUGAAGAUUUUGGCCUCUUUGGAAAAUUAUCCUCAAUAUCGAAAUUGAGCACUAGAAUUCUUAAAACAAUUAUUGGGAAUUUUCUAACGAAGAAAACUGAAUUUUUGUACUAAAAAAUAAUCAGAUUCGAUUAAAAACAUGAACAUACACAAACAUCAAAUCGUGAGAAAUUUUUUGAACACAGACUUCUUCUAACUCAAAAAAAUAACAUAAUUCCUCUAGAACCCCAAGUGUCAUUUGUCUCUUCUGGUGCAAUGGCAAAACCCGUUCGUACAAAAGGCGCCAUCGCAGUUUGCCUUCGACUUUAUCAACGAUGGAUUGUGUUUAUCGGUUGUCAUUUAUCUCGUGAGUUCCUGCAUCUUGUAAAGUUCUAUAGAAAAACAACCAAUUGUUUCUAGACGCCACGUCACAAGCGCGUGUUCAAGAUUAUGUAAAAAUCGUGAAAACGCUUCGAUUCGCUUCAUUGAAGAAAUUUCAUGCAACAGGAAACCAUGAUUUAUUUUCUUCAGAUGUGAGCAUUUUUUUAAGUCCGGCAAAAACCUUUUCAAUUUUUUGCUAUUCUUUCUAGGUCGUAUUUUGGACUGGUGACUUGAAUUUCCGGGUGACUAAUGAUAAUCAAUUAGAUUGGAAAGAGUUUGAUAAAAUUGAUAGUGAAACUUAUGAUAAAGUUUUGGAAGAAGAAGAGCUCGCGACACUUCGAGGAAAAGGAAUCGCGUUUUCCGAGUUUGCAGAGCCGCCCAUCAGAUUUGCACCAACGCAUAAAUUCGAACCGGAUACGGAUAACUACGUGGCAAAACGUAUACCGUCUUUCACGGUAUGGGAAUUUUCCGAAAACUUUCAAGCAAAACCCCAAUCAAAUUUCGACAAAAAUCAAUUUCUUCUAGGACCGUGUUCUCUACUGGUCCCGAAAUCCCGACUGGAUUCAAAUUUGCAAAUACGAUUCGCUUCGGGGACCAUGUCCUUCCGAUCACAAACCAGUUUAUUCAACUUUUUGGCUGACUGUGAUCAAUAAACCGAUCCCGAAAAAAUACUAUUCAGCUGAUUCGAAAGUUUCGAUUUUGAAAACAAGUAUGAUUUUUCGAGCUGUUUUGUGAAUGAAUUCUAAUUGAAGUUUUCAGAUGAUUCUACAAAUUCUCUUCCUGUCGCCCACGCGCCUUCAAUUGAAGAAGACUGA